CUGAUAUGUACGCUAGAGGUCGUGGCUCCGAAUUCCAACUUCUCAUCAGGUGUCUCCAAUUGUUUCCUGCGUUUAUCUGGUCUACGAGUGUUGCAAACAGAUUGUGCGCUAAUUCAAAUGCUCUUAAGUCUUAGACGUCUUCCGCUAGCAAUGAUGCCAGCAAUGGAGUUGAGCAUGUGCUGUUAUGUCCUUCCGAUAAUACUGUCUGCAGUGCUAGCCUCACAAGUGAGUGCGACUGCAAGACGCAACGUUACCGCGGAUAACGCGCUCCUCAACGCGACAAGGUACAAACACGUCCAAUACUUGGGCAAUGCGACCUCAGUAAGGCUGCAAUUCCCUACCGGUGACAAGACUGCGCUCACUGGCUGCAAAAACUGCGGAGUAAAACAACCACCUAAACCAGGGUCAUUAGAGUACAAGAUACGCAUUGACAUGAUUAAAACGCAGAUUCUCCAGAAAUUGCACAUGGAUUCUGAGCCAAAAAUCAAAGUUCCUAAGCUGAGUAUCCCGACACCUCUAAUGGAUAGCUAUUUCCUGGAAACCACUCUAAAUCGCGACAGAGGCAAAGACGUUUCAGAGUCGGAGGAAGGCAAGGUUUCUCAAGUUAUUGUGAUCGGUAGAAAAGUUGCGUCUCCACCGCGCUUACCAAGACAAAGACAGUCCAGGAAAGCACAUCUGUUUGAGUACCGCUUUUCGAAAAAGAUUCACACCAAGCACAUCUCCUCCGCCGUACUUUGGUUCUACAAAAACUCUACACACCAAAUGGAAGAAAGCACACUGGUCUUCCAAGAUUCUGCUACAAGAAAACACACGCGAGGCCCACUGCCGACCAGCAAACACCACACAGUAGCCAGCAAACAAUUGCACCCUUCGGACCACGGGUGGAUAUCAGUUAACGUGUUAUCCAUGGUCAGGCAAUGGAUCGAUAACGCAGAGGCAAAGCCAAACAACACGAACUUCAUACACACUUUAGGGGUAUCUUGCCCAAAUUGCAGGUCCCUCUUGGCCGACUUGAUUGCCUCAAAUGACCAAUAUCGACCAUUUAUAACGCUGGGGCUUGGCGAAACUCGCAAACAGCGCAAGAAACGCGCGAUCCACUGCAGUCCCGGAAUGCGCGAAUGCUGUCGCCAGGAAUUCUAUGUGUCGUUCGAAGAGAUGGGGUGGGACAAUUGGAUCCUCGUUCCACGAGGAUUUAACGCUAACUACUGCACAGGUUCGUGCUAUGGACACAUUUUGCCUGUCUAUCACCACACAGAAGUCAUCCAGAAAGUCGCACUCCUCAGGAAACAAAGAGAGCUCUCGCCUUGUUGCGCACCCACCAAAAUGUUCGAUCUUUCUCUCCUGUACUACGACAAAGACGAAAACCUUUUCCAAGAGAAUGUGUCGAACAUGGUAGUCGAGGAGUGUGGGUGCUCCUAAGCUACACGCCCCUAAGUCGGUAAAUCCUACCUACAGGCGUACUUUGUCUCCAUUUUGUUAACGAAGGUUAUGGCGGCCGUGAGCGGAAGAAAUUUCCUCAAUGGCGAGAGCAGAAAGUCAUCCCUUAGUGCGUUAAUAAAGCCGCCGCUAAUUGUCGGCAAAGGCGAAGCGCAUCAGUGUACAAUUUAACGAGGCCCCCAUUCGGUCUUAUGGCCGUAAUUGGGGUAAUAACAAAAAGAGCCGAAACUCUCGUCGGUAAUCACACCAUGCUACCAUUAUAACCUUUCUCUAGCAGAGAGAUUCAUGUUAGAUAGCUUUAGUAGAAUUUAGAUGAUGCUAGUUCGAAUAAGACUCAGUGAAAUUUUCGUAGCAUUGAGGUCUAAAAUAGAUAUCGACAUGAGACAUAGAAGAUAAAAUUGCUAAACAUGAUGCAUUUAAAAUGCAAUUCAGAAAUCAGUUAGCAUUACUCAGCACGAUCCAAAUAAUGAUUAUGCAAUUUCCAUCGGCUGGAUGUCAUAAGAUAUUUUGAUUUCUUUUUAGCUCUGUCAGGGAUAGCUGUGAUGCGCAGCAUGUGUCUUAUAAUGUGAAACAAGAGACGCCUCUUCAUUGACAGAUACCUCGCCCUAACUCUCAAUCCAUCAAUAGAGUGAGCUAUUCAAACAUAGUAUACGUGGAUUAGCCGUUCGCGAGAAGCGAUUAUUUAUUUUGAUCGACAAGAAACACAAGCCGUUGGAUUCGAGCUUAAAUCAGCAACCAUUAAUCAAAAUUCUUAUAGUUUAACGAUCUAUAGAAAGGGCGUCAAAAUAUUUUACCUUAGUUAGUAAUGCAAAGAUUGUUCAAGUAGCGAAAAGCCUAAUCUCUAGUUCGGAGUAAAAUCUUUUAAAGAGCUUCAAACUUGAUAUGACCCAUAGACUAGCAUUCGGCCAUAGUCUAGCAGAGAAAUGACAUAGUUCCAAAGUAGUGGGGUUUAGAUGUUAUAUCGGGCGAAAAUACUUGCCUGUUUGAUAACAGUUGAGCAGGGGCAGUCACAAUCCUGCCUAAGUUUGUGAUGAUCUGAUAAACUUCAGUGAAAAUUUUUCAAUAAAAAAUAUGAAACUGA